AGUGCGUGUGCAAACGCAAUAUAAAUUUCUGCAUGCCUCUGCACCCCGGUGUGUUUCAUACCACCUCUGGGGGUGAGGUGGUGAAACCAUCGACAGGGAUUUCUCGAUCAGAACUUCAAGGCAUGGCGUACUCGUCUCGUGGGGUUCUCAAUGUGGUGGUGGUGGUGGUACUUUCCAUCCUCAUGGACCUUCUGCAGAGUUCUGAAGCCCUCAAUCCCAGCUGCAAUCAUUUGGCCGAUGAAGGAACGGCCGUCGAAUACGUAGAGCGGGCGCUGAAGUUCUACUACGAGGCACAGGAUGACAUUUGCCUGCCCUUCUUCUACAAGGGCAACGGCGGAAAUGCCAAUCGCUUCACUCGGUUUCGCGACUGCAUGAAGACGUGUUCUAAGCGAGUGAGCCAGCUGUACCCUGCCGGAGGCAAGGUGUGCAUCCUUUCCCCGGACAAAGGCGUCUGCCUGGCUCACCUGCUCAGGUGGCACUACAACAGCACGCAGAGGGGGUGCGACGUGUUUCUCUACGGCGGCUGCGGUGGCAACGGGAACCGCUUCCAGUCUCGGGAGGAGUGCCAGAAGAUGUGCUCGCCUCUCUCGACGAAAACCAUGCUGGAGAAAUCAGCUGCUUCGUCGGCCCCUUCUGGAUUGGACACAGGAGCUGUCACUGGGAUUGUCCUGGGCUGUAUGUUUGCAGCUACGGUGGCCGCCACCUUAACUGUAUUCUUCUUGCAAAGAAAAAAGCAUUCUGGCAAAAAGAAAGUGAAUGGAGAGGCGGUUGAAAUGAGUUAAACACAAGAUGCACAGGUGUAGAGAAUGUCGUAGUGUGAGGCCAUUAAUUGUGAUCGAAUUACAAAGUAAAAACAAAACAUGUUGAGGUGGCUUUACAAUGUCUACUACUAUGCGCCUACUGAAAUAAGCACGUACUUUUUAUUUUGCAAUGGUGCUUCAAAGGUACUUUUUUAAAUAAUCGUACAUGUAACAGGAAUCUUGAUUUCAAUUGGUCUCUUAUGCAAGCGUAAUAUCUCUGUAGGACUGAAGCUUAAUUUCUAUGUAGUUUUGAGAUCAUUUGGUUCUUGUUUACUACCAAAUGCAAAUUGUAUUUUUUUUAUUGUAAUCGCACCUGGCGAUUUAGCUUUGCGGCAAUGUGCUUUGAAAUGCAAGAUUCAGCACCCAUGGUAAGUCCAGGUAUAAAUAAACAAUGCGAUAAAACGUAGCACGGUGAGGUGUGUAAUGUAUAGUGAGUGCUAACGCCAUUCGGCUCACUUUCACUUUGCUUCAUCAUGUUCCAUUACCUAUUAAGAUGACAUCUUCAUUUGUAAGACAAUUCUAACGCUGUAAAUUAAAACCGUAAAAAAUAACAAACAAUAAUUUACAGCCAUUUGUCAAUCCACUGCUGGAGGAAUGCCCCGACCAUACCGUGUUGUUCGUGGGGGUUGUUUUACCAUACUUCACUACAAUUGUCAGUACAGCCGGCUGUUGGUGGCGUUUGUAUGUGUGGGGUGCCGUACAUGGCAAGUGCGUUAUAAUUGGGUGAUGAUUCCAGUUGUGCAAUAGUUUUUAAUAAAGUGAAUCGAAUCAGGCUUUCGAAUAAUAACAA